GUGCUCAGUUCCCAGGCUGUGAAAUGCUUUCCCCUGACUUCCAACACUCUGCCGCUCGCCCGCGAGACCGGUGACGUCACUAGCCUGCGCGCACCGUCGCCUGAACUAAACCGUCACCCAGGGAGCGCGGCGCGGAUUAGUAGCUGCACAGUGUGUCCGUCCCCCCCACCCCACACCGGGAGUCCUUGGAGCACCCUGUCCCCGCCGGCCCUCCAUUGGCCCCCGUGACUCCCUGGAAUUCCGCCCUCUGAGCCCGCCUGCCCUCCCCCAGCGGGUGUCGUACCGUGGUGCCGCGGGUGAUGUCGGAGGGCUGGGAGGAGCAGCGGCCGCUCGGUGGCCCCCCGGGGCCGGAGGAGGAGAGCUCUGGCUUGGCGUUGUGGGUGUUGUUCGCCUGCAAGCUGCUGCUGAACGGUGCGCUGCUCGCGGGGCUGGGGUACGGGGCCUGCCGGCUGUACGGCCGCUGGAGGGGAACCGGGGCCGGGGCGGCCAGCUCGCUACCCCGCAUGAAACGGAGAGACUUCAGCCUGGAGCAACUGCGGGACUACAACGGGGAGCACAACCCGCGCAUCCUGCUGGCCGUCAACGGGAAGGUGUUCGAUGUGACCGAGGGCAGCAAAUUCUACGGCCCGGAUGGUCCAUAUGGAAUAUUUGCUGGAAGAGAUGCAUCAAGAGGGUUAGCAACAUUUUGUAUUGAUAAAGAGGCCCUUAAAGAUGAAUAUGAUGACCUAUCAGAUCUCAGCGCAGUGCAAAUGGAAAGCGUUCGAGAAUGGGAGAUGCAAUUCAAAGAGAAGUAUCAGUAUGUUGGUCGACUUCUUAAACCAGGUGAAGAGCCAUCUGAAUAUACAGACGAGGAAGAUGUUCGAGACCAUACGAAACAGGAAUGAACUUUGUUGAAAACCAAAGUCAGGGUCCUUUUGGAAACUGCAACCUCUUCUCAUGAAUUAAAAAACAAGGACCUCGUGGGUACGACCUGUGCUCCAUUCUAUCGUCCAGAUUUUGUAUAAGGAAAUAAGGAUAAUGUGUAAUAUUGCAAAAGAAGAUUUUAAUACUAAGUAUUAUGGUCUUUACUGCCAGCCAUUCUCUCUUCCCUCUCUUAGCAAGCUGUACCUGUGAUAGGACAAUGUUACUGAAAGAUAAUGAUGGAAUUGUAUCAUUAUACUGAUAAUUAGUGAACUGUGUGGCAAAACGCUAAUUUUAAGCAACUGUUCUGAACUGUUGUUGUGUAACAGCGUUUUGUGUGGGUGUAUAGAGCGUAAAAAUCUAUACAUAGUGCUUGAAGAAAUGACAAAUGUGUAGAUUCUUCUGAAAAAUUAAGUUGGCCUGUCCCUUCUAGUACCAUAAGACCCUGGCAGACCCUGUAUGCAAAUUAAGUAUUAUCUGUUCCGUCAGUUUGUUUGCAUACAUCAGAAUUACGCCCCAUUUCCAUUCUUGACCUAUAUUUGCCUGUAAUUUUGCUAGCACAAUGCAUAUAAGUUUUAUGCUCUACAUACAUGCUGUUUAGGUGUCUGGUCCAGGAUAGCUUUUGGUGGCUGUAUAAGUGUUUGGGAGAGCUUGGAAGAGAAUAUGCUAGUUAUGUGGUAUUCUGGUUUCUCUGUGAUAAGUAGAGAAUUUGAACUGUGCUUAUUUUUUUGUUUUGUUUUGUUUUGUUUUUGCUUAUUCUAGGGCUGAAAGUUUAGAUUAGUUGAAUAUUUUGUAGCUCAUGGAACUAUUAUUCAGUAAUUGGCAGCCAACCACGUACACUCCUUUUCUUUUAGGAUCAUUGUUAAGCAUUGUGGGUGGUGAGCUACUGUAGAUCAUCCCAGUCCUACAGAUUGUCACUAAGCUAAACUUACAGUGCUACUGUGUUUUAAUUUUUUUCCCUUCUUCUCUACAUUCGUCCGAAUCAGUCUGCACUAAUUAAACCGUUGUUCAGGUGAGGUUCAUAAAUUGUUUUGUAAGUAGAUUUUUCACUAGCAACACCACCAUCUCAUUUUGUUGUUAUUUUAUUUUUUAUUUUUUUUGUUUAUUCUGAACUCACUUCAGAUGAAGUAAUAAAAGGUCAACAAGUGUGGUCAGUUUUAAAACCUGAUCCUUCUGAUGGUAAAAGGGGUUCUAAGUCCACAUGUAUUAAAGGCAACCUUUUCAGCACAUGGUAGGAUAGUGUUAGUCUGCACUCCUUUCAUCAAAUCAAUGUGAACUAUUUUACUGCUGCAGCCAACAUCUGCACUGUAUCUCACUGCAGAUCAGUUCAGCAGCAAAGUAGUUAUUAUGUGCCUUACUUCUUCUAAAGACUUGAAUUGCUUUAAGGGAAACGACACCCCAGUAUGUAUUAGUUCAAAGUCACUACAAGCACCUUUGAUACUGAAGUUGAUGUUCUGUACUGACUGGAAAGCCUUUAUGUCAUUCUGCGUAAAUGGAAUGUAAAAAGGAAUAUUCAGUGUUACUGCCAUAUAUGUUAACAUAAAAGUAACAUGUUAUUAUGGCCCAAACAUCCCAGCCACCUUAGCAGUGCUUUAUUUUGUUCAACAACUGCAAGACAAUUUGGAUGGUCAUGUUUGUUUUGUAGUAUGUAUGGUUGUGCGUGUGCAUGAAUGUUUGAGACACGUGUGAGAGGGGGUUUUCAGCAGAAACUGUAAAUAUAGGUGCCAUUUUAAUAAAGCAUGUAAAAUAAACCAAAAGCAGAAGACAAACUUCCUCUGAAA